AUGCAGCAAGUGCCCCACUUUGUCACGGGCAACUUCAAACCUCACCACUUGUUCCUGGAGGACGCCGAAUAUGGGCGGGCUUUGGAUACGCUGGUGAAGGCCGUGUCAGAUGUCCUCAUCACCUCUUGUGAUAGGUCUCGUGUCUUCCUUGGGCGGCGGAAGGUGCAUCCCCAGCCCGACUGGUGGCUCAUGGGUGGCAGAAGCCGGCCAGGCGAAUCGCCCGUGCAGGCUGCUGCGCGGAACGUUCGGCGGGAGCUGGGGCUGAACUUGCCAGUCUCGAGGUUUGAGGUCAUUGGUUGCUACUCGAUGACUUGGGCGAUGCGAGUGCAGGCGCCAGCAGAUCAUGGCACCGCGGAUAUUUCCGCUUUGCACCAGUUGGUUUUGCAACCGGAGGAGGAAGCUGCUAUCAAGGUGGACGACAAGGAAUACUGGGAUCUGCGAUGGUUCGACAAAGGGGAGAUUCUUGCUGGUGAGUUUCAUCCUGUCCUCAAACAGGGCCUGCGCGAUCUUCAUGCCCGCAACUUGUACAAGUCCCUGGAGCAGGCGGCCUGCCAAGAGUCCAAGGAUGCUGAGCUGGCAGCUUUGGCUCGCGAGUUCGUGGCUGCAGCGAAGGAGUCUCGGGCAAUGAGCACGCAGGGCAUGGUGCAGGUGGACUUCGAUGAGGAAAAUCGGAGAUAUGAUGUGUCUUUCCACGAGGUGGCUUGA